AUGCUACCGCCAAACAUUGAAACUGGCGCCAAUGCCAAUGGCUCUUCACGGUCUUCCCAGUCCCGUUCCGACCCGCUGAACCAAAACAAUUGUACUGAACUAUGUGUGGUUUGUGGAGACAAGGCUUCUGGACGGCAUUAUGGUAAGUUUUGUUUUUAAAUUUUUUUUCAAAAAAAUUUUUUUAAAAAAUGUGUAUCCCUCCCCUUCUCCCGCUCUUCAUCCAACGUUAACAUAGUAUAACUUGCUCUGACUUAUUUUGCUCUACCCUACCUCGCUUUAUCCCAUCUUGCUCUACACUACCUUACUAUAUUUUAGGCGCAAUUUCCUGCGAAGGCUGCAAAGGCUUCUUCAAACGGUCGAUUCGAAAGCAAAUUGGCUACAGAUGUAGUGGUGCAAAGAACUGUCCAAUCACCAAAUAUCACAGAAAUCGAUGCCAAUUCUGCCGACUAAAAAAGUGUCUGGGCAUGGGAAUGAAAAGUGAAUGUAGGUUUUGAAAAAUUACUUUUGGUACUAUUGGUACGUCUGUUUUGUACUAUUGGUACAUAUUUUUAAUACUAUUGGAACAAGCCUUCUUUUACAUAAAAAAUUUUGAUGUUUUUAAUACUAGCGUUGUCAAAAAAUGGCAAAAAUUUUAUAAGUCAAAAAAAUUCAACUUGGUCCCCCCUGUGGAAUUUUUUCAAAAAUUUCAAAAAAUUUUUUUUUAAUUUUUUUUAAAAUUUUUAUAUUUAAAAUUGUCAAUGAAUAAUCGUUCUUUGCUUUUUUGUAUCAUCAGCAACUUGUUAAAAUUUUUAAAAACUAUAGAAAAGCAAAAAGUUUCAAAAAAUCAGCUUGGCCCCCCUGUAGAUUUUUUUCAAAAAUUUCAAAUUUUUUUUUAGUUUUGAAAAAUCGUAUCAUAUACUCAAAAACACUCUAGCUAUUAAUAUUAAAAAUCAUAUUUUCAGCCGUUCAAGCCGAACGCCGCCCAAUGCACAACCAAUCCAAUACCUUCAAUUCCGCUGAAAAUCGUGUGCCAAAUCAGUCGACCGCUUCUACCUCCAGUGCGCCUACGGUCACUACAAACUCGUUCAAUGUGUCAAAUGGAUUAUUAGAUCGUACUAACGUGAGUCCGAAGUGUGGUGAACACAAUCUUUUUAAUUUUAUCAAAUUAUGUCAUUUUUAGGCCAGGGCAUGUUUCAUCGUAUAACGUGUCGCUUUGAUCGUAUAAGAUGUCACAUCGCCAAAAUUUACAAUUUAAAGAAUAUAAAAUGUUACUUUUUACAUUUUUAAACAUUUUAAAGUACCAAAAAUUUAAUUUUUACAAACUUGUAGUACAAUAUAAAGUUAGCGUACUAAAUGAAAGCAUCAAGUACCUUUAUAUUAACCAUGCCACUUUAGUCUCCAAUCAACUCAGCCUCUUACAUGCAAGGUCUACUGGCCAUGAUGCAGAAUCAUAACAAUGAGAUCAAGACCGAACGAAAAUACUCAGAUGGCAAUGCCCUUUUGGAUGUCUGUGGCCUAAGUCCCCUGAGGCAAGAGAGUACAUCGCCUCAGGAGCAGUUCAAAACCGAGCCAAUGGACGAUGAAUCGGCCAUUGAAUCCAACCUCACGGCUUCAGCAUCACCCACCUCGUCUGGAGAAGGGUCUACGGUGUCGGAUGACAUUGGCCAGCUACAGCGAACACCGUUGUUGAAUUCAGAAUCCGCCAAGUUUGAGAUGCCUGAGCAUCACCCGUUCCCAUUGGAGUACGAUGCUAACAAUGUUAGUGAAACAGCGUCGAGAUUGUUGUUCUUGAGUGUGCAUUGGAUUAAGAACAUCAAGGCUUUUAAUAUCAAGUAGGUUUUUGAAGGAAAUUUUGGUUUUGUUACCUAAAAAUCGGAUUUUUGUAGCUAAAAUAUGAAGCCAUAGCUUAAUCUCUAGCUUAAAUCCUAGCGUAGGUUCAAGCCCAAGAACCAUCGUUAUCUUUAGCCCUAGCCAGUAAAAUUUUAAUUUUAAUUUCCAACCUUCUUCAGGCCCUCCUACCUCGAGAACACGGUCAAAACCAAAUGGUUCGACGUCUUCCUCCUCGGCCUGAUCCAACAAUCAGCCAAGUUCGACCUGAACCGAAUGCUCACUGCCGUUUCCGUCAACAUCGUAUCUCGUUUGUCGAGCGAUGGCACCCUCAAUACUGAAAAGUACACGGCUUGUAUCAAGCAAAUUCGCUACAUUACCACGCUGGCACAACGUAUCACCGCCCUCAAGCUGAGUGAUAUGGAAUUUGCAUACCUGAAAACAGUCGCUUUCACCGCCAACGAUCUGCCACCGGUCGAUAACUACGAUGGUAGUCAUUUCGGUCGACAGCUGAAUGCCCAAGCUUGCCAGGAACUUUUCGACCAUUUGUUGGGUCAGUUGGCGGUUCAUGAUGAUAGUCAGUCUGAUAAUGGCUCAUCGGCCGCUACGACAACCACCAUGCACUCGAACUUGAGUCAACUGUUGGGGAACAGUGUGAACACGUUGGUGCCAGUGCUCCACUCCAGCUUGGAGAGGCAUUCCCAGUUGAUGCAGGUGUUGCCAUGGUUGAGAUGGUUUGAUUUGGAGCUGAUGGUCGAGGUCUUCUUCAGUGGAGUCAUUGGUAACAUGCCAUUUGAUGCGGUGGUGCCAGUUUUGUUGAAUAUGGAUGUGAUGCAUGUGUUCAAUAGCACGUUUUAUCAGGCGUUGAGAGAAGAGGACAAGGUUAUGGUUAAGCAGGAGGAGGCGGCACAUUGA